ACAUGGCACAAGCCCACUAUCCCACGUUCAAGUACACAGCACAGUUCAACCUAUCACGAAACAUCACAACUGACGAACCUCCCAUGCUUCAAUCCAUCAACGAAACAAUCACCAAUGCUUCCCCACCUUUUAUACCCUUGACAGACAUCGACUCUCCACCUUCUUACACAAAUGCAACCCAACCGGCCGUUCAUCAGCUACAUCAUCAAUGGCAUCCAACAGGGUUUCAGACAACCCUCCUUGCAACCUAUUCAGGUCAACCCUUGCGGCCUUGUCGAGAAGAAAGACACCAACUCCAAGAAAUACCGGGUUAUUUCCCAUCUGUCUUCUCUCCUAGAAAAUAG